UAGAAACAGACCAUACUACCAACCAUUCGACAUGUUGUGUCUGUUGAUCCUAAUUUUAAGCCUCAUAAAUAGAGCUUAUCUUUCAGAAAUUGUAGCACAGGGAGACACAGUUGUUGUGUUUGGUCAGGAUGCUUCAUUCUCCUGUACGCUGUCAGACGCGUCUAAUGUCAAACAAGUCACAUGGCAGCGGGUACGUGACCAGGAACCGGUACAAACUCUGGCUACAUUCAGCGAGCUCUUCAAGGAUCAUGUGGAUGAUCAAUAUGUCGGAAAAGUCACUUUCACCGCGGUGUCAGUUAAUUCAACAUCCAUUGAGAUCAAAAACGCAACAUUUGAAGACGAGGCUUGCUAUAUUUGUUCCUUCAAAGUGUAUCCACUCCAACCUAAACGACAAACCUUGUGCCUCGCCGUUAAAGGCAUUUCAGAAAUAACAGCAUCAGUGAAUCCUGCACUCAGUUCUGAUCCAGAUGUUGUAGUCUCAUGUUCAGCCACAGGUAAACCAACUCCAACUAUCCACUGGAAAUCUGCAGAGAAAGAGCUGAACAACUUUAGGUUAAGUAAUUUCACAACACUCAACAAAGACAGCUCAACCACCAUUACAAGCAACCUCACGCUUCCGCUGUCACAGUUUCAUGGGAAGUACGUGGAAUGUGUGGCUCAGAGUGACAGCAUGGAGAAGAGCAGCCAAAUCUAUGUGCCUGAAGUACAUUAUAAAGUGAACGCUACACCAAGAAGUUACAUCAUUACAGUUUCAGUCCUCAUUGUCAUGGCUGUUGUGGUUAUUGUCAUUAUUGUCAUCUGUUCUCACACCAGACUAAAGAGAGCCACUUUUGGGAUAAAAUCUACUUAUGAGGAACCCCUCAAUCCCCCAAAGGAGGAAUGUUAACUCUACAGCUAUCUCAUAGUAUGCAUUUUUGCUCAUGACCUUUAUUAAUAUGAACUUUUGGGUUCUAACCUGUGUGUUCCUUAAAGGAAUCAUGAAUUUUCUGUCUAGUAUUUAUUUAAUUUAUUUAUU